AUGCCUAUCAAGUGCCACAAGGCACACAACUGGAGGCCUAUUCAGGCCUUGGCCAGCCGGGCAGAGAUGCUGAAGCGGUGGGGAACAACACCGGACCUGUCCAAGCAGACUGGCGGACCAGUACUGACUGCAUACACCACCCAUGGAAGCCAGGGCAUGGCUCCCCCUCCAACACAUUGUUGUACAUCGGGUAGGGUACAGCAACAGGGAAAUCUUCAUCACAUAAACCCCCCCCCCCCCACGGUCAUUUUGUCUGGCAAUGGUAAAACUGCUCACGUGCCCCAAGAGACGGACACUUCACCUGUCAGUGGACAUCUCCAGGAAGGGUGCAUUGAAAAUGAUGACAGGACGAUGCACGGAGACCCCAGCACCCAUGAGGGUCCGCAAUGCAAGGGACACCGUGACACCGAACCCAUCCCACCAGUAUAUGCUCUCCCGAGGACGAGUGAGACAGAAGGGAACAAUGACACGAACUCAAGGCGAGAAAACACCACAACCCCUAUGACCCGAGGCAUUGAGGAACAGGAAAUCAUCCCAGGAAGAGCAAUAUUACUGACCUUACCAUGGCACAAUGACAAAGUCGUCACCAUACUCAACAUAUAUGCACCAAAUAACCCCAAAGACAACACUGACUCCUGGAGAUCACUAAAAACCACCUGGGAAGAGACAAGCCCCCCAAAGCCCAACCUUCUCCUAGGCGACUUCAAUCUGGUCAAAGAUGCUCUCGACCGACUCCUGAGCCACAGAGACAACAAGGAUGCCAUCACCAUGCUACAAGACUUCUGCAAAAGUAUAAAUCUCACAGAUGGAUGGUGCACAACCUACCCUACAGACAGGAGGUAUUCUCUCCUCCACAAGCAAUCAGGCAGCCAGUCCCAUAUAGAUAGGAUAUAUGCGACACCACAAGUAAACGAGACUGCACUGUCCUGGGACAUAAUGGACAGCCUAGUAAACACUGAUCACAAGAUGGUAACAACUACCAUCAUUGACCAAGAAACACCAUACAUAGGGAAAGGCCGCUGGACAAUGCCCCUCUUCCUACUGGGGUGUCACAGCUUCAUAGAUGAAAUCACAGAGAAAGGCAUCGAACUAGAACAAAACAUCAAAAAAUGCGAACACAGCAGAACCAAUGAGACCAACCUGCAAACACUCUUUAAAGCAUUCAAAAACGAAAUUAUGCAGAUUGCAAAGGUGAAAGCACGCACAAUGACCUGCAAGCUGGAUAGAGACAUUGGCGCUCUACAAAAUGAUCUACAAAAGGCCCUAGAAGACCCGACCAUCGAUAACGACACCAAGAAAAGGGAAGCUGCUGCACUUUUGCAAGAAUGA